GAGACUCUUGGUGUCGGACUUUCACAAGUGGAUCAGAAGCUGUCUGCCACUCUUGCCCAUCUGAGCAGAAUGCUUGAACUUGUGCGGAAGAUGGAUGUCAACUUGGAGCGACUUACUGCCCAAACUGAAGGGAGAUUGGCCUAAAUUGCCCACAUUCCGGCCCAUUUUGAAAUUCGCCUCAAAGACAGCCAGACCAGUGAAGGACUCCGCCUGCAGAACAAAAACAACUGCUGGCGCCUAAAACAAUUUUUAUCUUAUCGGACCCCCCCACCUUAGCCAAUGGCGUUGCCUUGGCUCUCAAAACAUACCGCUUCUACAGAGUGUGAAAGGCAGCUACGUGUGUUUUCCAGUCUCUGCACUGCUUUCUGCUAGAAUUAAAUGACUCGGGCGUGUCCUCAUUCUCAUUGACUAAUUACACCUGAUCCAGGUAAUCAACACCAAGGAGUGGAGGUAGAGCCAGAGAACUAUCAGAAUGGAAGAUCUGGAAUAGGAGGAUUGGGCAGUCCUGCUGUGGUUUUACGGGCAUUGGUGAAAGUAGGAGGAGGAUUCUCAAAGUAUGCAGGACCUGAAGAGUACAGCACUCUUUCAGCCAAAACCGACACACGGAUUCACGUCAGCCUCCAGGAAACAUCUGUUGGGAAUAUAUUAAACCAACUGCCAGGAUGAAAAAAAUAAAAUACCUAAAGAAGAUCACGCCCCUUCUCUUCGUCAUUACUCCCAUCAUCAUCAUAAUGGGCUGGACGACAACUAUAAUCGGCGAGCUGAUUCGAAGGCAACACAAACCUUCAGUCUUCUGUCCGUGGCUGAUCUCCGAGCAAAGCAUCACUCCACUCAAAAAUACCAAGCACCUGCUGGUGUCCGCCUACACGGACCAAAGAUUGGGGGGGUUUGACUUACGCAUCAUUGGUGUUUUUAAGAGAGACUUUGUCGAUCCUCUUUACUGCUCCUUCUGCUGUGCUGGGUUUGUCAGUGAAACCACUCCGUCCAUAAUUCUUCCACACUCUGACCACUUUGGCUUUCCCUACGGCACCAUGGACGUCCUGUGUCGGAUCCCUGAUAACUGCGAUGCCACAUACGUCACACUGCUGACAGCACCAAGCACAGUUAAUAUAUCGGAACAACUCUGGAUUCCUAUAAGAAAUAAAAAGGCCCCCAAAAAAGCAGAGAAUGAAUUGAACUUCACCGUCUGCAUUUCUACCCUCUUUGGAGAUUACAACAAUGUGCUUCAGUUUGCUCAAACUCUGGAGAUGUACAGGUUACUCGGUGUGAACAGAGUGGUGAUCUAUAACACCAGCUGUGGUCCUGAACUUAACCGUCUUCUGAAGUUCUACAGUCAGGAAGGUUUUGUAGAAAUGGUUCCAUGGCCCAUCGACAAGUAUCUGAAUCCAUCCAGAGGCUGGAACUUUGCAGAACAUGGAGGAGACCUGCACUACUUUGGUCAGAUCACGACCCUCAAUGAGUGCAUCUAUAGAUCCAUGGAGCGUUCACGCUACGUCCUCCUGAAUGACAUCGAUGAGAUCAUAAUGCCAUACAAACACGACAACCUGAACUCUCUGAUGGAUUCACUGCAACCACAUCCAAAUGUAGCAGAGUUCCUCAUCGAAAACCACAUCUUUCCCAAAAAAUAUUUUGAGCCAAGUGGACGAUUCCAUCUUCCUCAAUGGAGCAAUGUGCCAGGGAUUAACAUUCUGGAGCACAUCUACAGAGAAGACCCAAAUUCAUCCUACCAUCCAUACAAGAUGAUAGUUCAGCCAAGGUUGGUGGAGCAGUCGUCUGUGCAUCAGUUGCUCAGGAAUCUUGGAGAACAGUUCUACGUUCCAAAGGAGAUCUGUCGCAUCAUUCAUGUUCGUGUGGCUUUGCUGAAAUCAUUACAACUAGAGGAGCUGAAUGAGGACAAACGACUGUGGGACUUCCAGGAAAAACUGAUUCCUAAUGUGGACAAGGUGCUGAGGAGAGCAGGACUGCUGACAGAGGACUAGAAUCAUUUUGGAUUUACUAAUAACAUAUACUGACAAGAAAACUGCAUAUUUGCACCAGUGGAACUUUUGAGUAAUUUACUUUUAGCCAAAAUAUAUCACUUUUCAAUAAAUAAGUAAAUGCUACUUGUGAAACUUGAUAUUGGACACAAACUUGUGCUCAAAUACUUGUUUGUACUUCACCAACAUACAUAUAAAAAUCAGGCAGCUCUGAAAGUAAGUGUGUAUCCUGUGGGUGAUACACACCUGCCGAAAUCUGUGACUAGUUGGUGUUAAUGAAGUCCCACUCUGAUCACCUUUUGAUUUAUUUUAAAAAAAGUGUUCAAUUCUGAUUGUCAUUUUAGCCCUAAAUCAAAAACUUGUCGUUUGCUAGGACAUAGUUUCUGCAGAGUGGCGGAAAUUUGCCUCCGAGUUGUGGGCGUGACACUUGUACAGAGAAACCCCACCCCCAUUUCUAUCACCCAUCUCUGAGCUGUUUACACAGUCUUCCUCUAGCUUAAACCCCUCAUACCCUUCAACCCAAUAUUAUUGUGCAACAAAAUAGUGAACAAUAUCUGACUUUUGUUUUGCUGGCUUUUUAAAAUAAUAUUUUGCAUACAAUUCACUUUUGAAGAGAAGCGUGUUUCAGCUUUAUUUCUGAAUUUUUUGCUUUUAAAGUUGAUUGUUUCAAUUUUUAAGUCACAAAUAUUUAUUUUCAGAUAAAAUCCAUUCUUGAAGUGAAUCGAUCAAAGAGCAGUAUACAUAUUUCAAGGGAUUGUGUGUGUGGUGGUGGUUAUUAGGGCUGGAUUGAAAAGCAAAAACACGACUGAGGAGUUGACCUGUCCUCUUUAUCUUCAGGGGUCAAACAAGUACCAGAGCUGCUUUAGAAGCAACAGAGCAGAUCUAAUUACCAGAUAAAUCAUAAUGUUAUGACUGAGGGGUGUUUUUAUUUAUGCAUAAGGCCCGGAAUCUGCAAAGUAAAAUAAUAAAAAUCUGUGAUUGCACAUGUUUGAAAACUCCAUGGGAAAACAUUCUGAUUGUAAACAGACACUGACUCCAUCUACAGGCUGUUUUUUGUGACUAAUCAACUGCAGAACUUUAGCAACACAAAAUACAAAAUGUACAAACAUUAUGCAUUACCUACUGACAAAUGACCAAGAGUAUUAAAACUGCUUUAGAUGGAACUAAACAUCUCUGAUCAACAAAAUGUGAUGUUUUGCGUGAAUGUUUUAGUGUUAAAGACAGCAUCCUUUCCUAAACUAACCCUGUGGGCAUCUGUAAAAAAGUAGGACACUUAAAAUUAUUUGUAAUGUGGAAAAAGUAAAACUCCAUAAAUUCAAAUAAAUGAAAUGGGAUAAAAAGUUUGUUCUUGUUUGCAUGCACAGAGUGCUUGAUCACACAAACGUUCCAUCUGUGGGAAAACAUUUAUGUGUCUAUGGAUGGGACAGAAACGGAAUACUGCCAUCUAGUUGCCGUUUUAUUUUCCUGCAUCUUAUCAGCUGAGGAAUUUAGCAACAUACGGAAAUACAAACGAACAUUGAAAUGCACAAACAUGAUGCAUUAUCAACUGAGAUAAAGAAAGACACCAAUAAUAGGACAGGAUCAUAUCUGAUAAAAUUCUGAUACUGAGAUGACCAAAUCCUGCAUUUAAUCUGCACCAAAAUGUCAUAAUAGAUUGAAGCUGAAUGACACAAAGAGGAGAUCAGCACAAGGACAAUUUUUACAAAAUCGGACACUAAUGUGAUGGAAACAGCUCAGAAAUGGAAAGAUGAUGCCUAAAGUAUUCAACGAACUGAAUCCUUUUCCAUCAAACAAAUGGAAGAAACUUUAAAAAAGUUUUAUUUAAACUACAUCAUGGUCUCAACUUUGACAAUGUCAACUUGGAAAAAAAAAAGUAAUAAACUUAUUGUUUGGGGAAAAUUUGGUUCCAACUUGUCACUAUGGUUACACAUAAUCAUUAAAGCUUAUCUGAACCUGAUUAAAGUUUUAUAGUGAUGCAGAGGCAGAGAUUUAAGCCCGACAUACUCAGUUACAGUGAGUGGCGAUAGUGAAAAGUUUGUAGAAGAUUGUUGUUUAUUCUGAUCAUUUUUUUUAAAAAUAAACUAUUGUACUCACAGGAGCAAAAUUAGACAGACA